AUGCCGCCAGACACAUCUUCGGCAUCAAAUGGUAGAGACCUAACCAACCAUGCCGGAAGCGACACAGAAAACGAAGACGAAGUCUUUCACGAUGCUCGGUUCCCACCGGAAGAAGAAACACGUCUUCUCGCCGAAUCGCACAGCCUAAAGGCCGAAGCAAACAACCUCUACUCCGCCGCCUCCUACUCCCAAGCCAUAUCCACCUACGACCGCGCCCUGGCCUCCUGCCCCAGCUACUUAGACUACGAGAUCGCUGUUGUACGAAGUAAUAUGUCCGCUUGCUACUUGAAGUUAGGAGAUUGGAAGGCUGCUGUCGACAGCGCAAAUGCUUGUAUUGAGGGCCUGGAUCGGGUUGUCCCGCCUUCGCAGCCCGAGGAUGGUAAGGAAGGUGCGGCGAAGGAGGCGGAUUCCGUGGUGGAAAUCCCCGUUGAUGACGAGGUCAACGAGCAAGCGGCACUACAGAGGAUCAAGGAAAACGACGAGCGGAAACGGGAUGUCGCGCGCAUUCGGGCGAAGGCUCUGAUGCGGCGGGCGAGGGCCAAGAGUGAGUUGGGUGGGUGGGCGAAUUUGCAGGGUGCGGAGGAGGAUUACAAGCUUCUUGCUGGGAUGGAGAAUCUUCCACCAAGUGAUAGGAAGGUCGUCCAAAAGGCGUUGCGGGAGCUUCCGGCAAGGAUAAGUAAAGCGAAGGAGGUUGAGAUGGGGGAGAUGAUGGGAAAGUUAAAAGAACUGGGAAAUGGUAUUCUUAAGCCGUUUGGGCUGUCGACAGACAACUUCAAAUUCGUUCAGGACCCGAAGACGGGAGGAUAUAGCGUCAAUUUUUCUUCAUAG